AUGGCCGUCCUCCCGCAGGCCACGCCGCUGCUGCUCACCAAGCGGCUCAACGCUUUUCUCCGCGCGCACACGACGCCGCAGCUGCCGACGCUGCUGCUGACCACGUACCACGGCAAGCUCCUCGCGCACGCCUCGUCGGCCUCGCAGCCCGUCUCGAUACUGCGCACGCACGCCACCGUCGCCGCCUCGCUUCUCGCCAUCCACACCUCGUCGUCGGUCGCCCUCCCCGCGGCGCUUGGCGGCGGCAGCGAGACGAACGAUCCGGAGCACAGCGCGCCGCCGUCGGACGACGAAGUAGACGACGACGAGACGGCGCGCGGCACAGACGACGAGGCCGAUCAGCACCAGCAACAACAGCAGGCAGCAGCGACGCCUGGCGGUAGCGCGGUCAAGCCCCUGACUAUAACUGUGCAGCUGAGUGGUGGCACCGUCAUCAUUCGCCGCCUCAAGUGCGGUCUGCUGCUCGUCUGCGUCGGGCCGUCGUCGCACGACACGGCCUCCUCCUCCGCGCCGUCAUCCGACGCCACCGCGACCGGACCGACACCCGGCGCAACUGCUUCAUCGGUCGGUGCCACGGCAGGAAACAGCAGCAACAACAAUGGUGCCGUGGCGGCUGUUACGCAGGCCCUGGAGAGCGCCGAGCUGCUCCACGCGACUACGACGACAACAACGGAGACAGAGAGCCUGACGAGCGCCGGCGGACAGACGACGACGACGAGCAGUGGCGACAGCAGCAGCGGGUCGGCGUCGUCGGUCGUGGCUAUGCGUAGAUAUGCCGCGGAGCUGGCGCGUGGGCUGGACGAAAAGCUCGGCACGCUGUCAGUGCCCGAGGAUAGCACUGGGGCUGAGUAG